CGCCAAGCUCCCAGCCUUGAACUGAAGCCAAGCCAGAGACGCAAGCAGCGCCGCUAAGACCCCGAGACCAGCGUCCCAGAGACAGACCGACCUUCUCCCCACGUCCACCCCGAUCAGAUGGCAUGCCAUCUUCUGAGGCACAAACAGGGAAACCACAUUUAAGUUUCGUCAACAAAGGCGGUCGGGGUGAUGCUGAUUCGGGUGAAAUAGACACAAGGCGACCUGUACGCUACCCGGACAGCCACCAGCUCUUUGUAGGCAACCUCCCGCAUGACAUUGACGAGCUGGAGCUCCGAGACUUCUUCAUGACUUAUGGAAAUGUCGUCGAGUUGCGGAUCAACACCAAGGCCGUCGGCGGGAAGCUUCCUAACUUUGGAUUUGUGGUCUUUGACGACUCUGAACCCGUGCACAAGAUCCUGGGGGCCAAGAACUUCACACGGAAAGGAUUGACAGAUUGA